AUGCUUUCGUCUUCAUUCGACAACUGGCUAUUACUGUUCGUAAAGCCUUCCUUCACGCUGACAAAAUUGAGUCCAGGGAAUCGCUGGAUUCCGCUGCGUUUCCAUCUCGUGGAAUGCCUCCAUUUGGUUGCUGGAGUCGACAAAAGGCUGUACAACCAGGAAGACAAUAGUAGCAGUGAAAAAGGGAAGUCUUCUGCUACAUUGCUAGUUCCAAGUCUUCCUCUGCUUCUCGAUGUCUUUCAACUCUUCGACUUCAACAAACGUGCUAGUGUUGCUUCCAGAGCUCCGAUGGAUCUGCGUCUCAUGUUGCACUUUUCUCCAUCCCAACUCAAGGAGACGGCUUGUAUGGACGCCGUCGCAGACUGGCUUCACGAUCUCCUUACAGAAGCCCUUUGUCUCUAUGCCAACUCCAUCGCAUUUCCUGAGUAUUCCGCCGCUGCCCUCUCGGAGGGUGAGGAGCAUGUGAAAGUGGGGGAUGAUUUUGCUCAAGAGAUGGAGGGGUCUACGAAGGCAAAGAGUCUUAAGGCGUCGGAGCGACGUUCUCUCGCCUUCAAUGAGGAGGACUCCGACCACUCCGACACGGCAAGUGAUGUCUCCUACGACAUUGAUGAUGGCACUGCUGUAACCCACAUCCCGCGUUCAGGCCGGAGGAGUAAGAACUUGGAGGGAAAGGAAGAAAAGAGCUCAGAUUCUGGUGAAGCCGACUUUGAUUUAGAUGCAGUAUUGAAUGAGGUUGAUGCCAAUGACGAUGAUGGGAUCGCCAACGGUAAUGAGGAUGAAUUGGAGGAAUUCCGAAUUGAUGAUUUCGAGGAAAAUGAUGAUGACAGUGACGGAAAAGACAGCCGACGCCAACGCAUCAUGCGUGAUGAUCCAGAUCUUGGAGCAAUGCAUGAGGAGGAAAGUGAGGUGGAGACCGAGAAUGAGGCAGAACCGAUGGAUGUCGACAUGGACUCUUUUAGCUCCGGAGACGAGGAAGAGUUGGAGGAAGGAAAAGAAUAUGAAUUUUCACCUCCGAAGGUGCUUCGAUUGAACGCGACAGACAAGAAGUUUGCUCCAGGUGUGAGAUGCGGUAAAAUAAAUAAAAAGCAGAACAGCAGUGAACGAGGACACUCGUUGAUAGGGGAGAAAAAAGUGAAUAACUGGAGAGACGGUAAAGACAAAAAGAAGGGGAAGCGGGUGCGAAGUGGGCCCCGUUGA